AUGCAAGUCAUUUGACACAUUUUUACUAGGUGGAUCUCCCACGCAUCGCUACUUAACAAAUCAUUGAAAGGCAGUAAGUCAACUUGAAUCCAAUUCAGUAUGAAAAUGGAUUUCCUACUGAACUAGCAGUCAGUACAUACAAUUGAGUGCCAGUAUUGUCCACUCCUAGACAUCCAGCAACAUUGUCAGUGUAGGUAGAAGCUACCAUGAGAGGACUAGACGUCUAGCAACAUUGUCAGUGUAGGUAGACGCUACCGUGAGAGGACGUAGACAUCCAGCAACAUUGUGAGUGUAGGUAGAAGCUACCGUGAGAGGACUAAACAUCUAGCAACAUUGUCAGUGUAGGUAGAAGCUACCGUGAGAGGACUAGACAUCCAGCAACAUUGUCAGUGUAGGUAGAAGCUACCGUGAGAGGACUAGACGUCUAGCAACAUUCUCAGUGUAGGUAGAAGCUACCGUGAGAGGACGUAGACAUCCAGCAACAUUGUGAGUGUAGGUAGAAGCUACCGUGAGAGGACUAGACAUCUAGCAACAUUGUCAGUGUAGGUAGAAGCUACCGUGAGAGGACUAGACGUCCAGCAACAUUGUGAGUGUAGGUAGAAGCUACCGUGAGAGGACUAGACGUCCAGCAACAUUGUCAGUGUAGAUAGAAGCUACCGUGAGAGGAUGGGUCAGAAGGGUUGUUUCAUCACCACCGGGGUUCUAGGCGUCCUCCUAGCGAUUGCUGGCAUCAGUUUUGUUCACUACUUCCCUGUCAUUUUCGAAGACAUUGUGAAAAAGCAAACUGUCCUAGCACACAACAGCACCGGUUUUCAAGAAUGGGCUAACCCUCCCGCCCCUAUUUAUCUAGAAUUCUAUGUAUGGAAUCUAGAGAAUCCUGAGGGAGUUGUCAAAGGUGAUAAACCUAAUGUCACAGAGAGAGGUCCUUACGUUUACAGGGAAGAACGUCCCAAGGUGAAUGUGACAGAACAUGAGAAUGGUACGGUCUCUUACACAUCCCCUCAAUCAUUCUACUUAGAUCUGGACCUAUCAGUGGGAGAUCCAAUGGUUGAUACAUUUACUACUCUCAAUCUUCCUCUUUUGACUGUAGUCAAUCAGCUUCAAUUCAUGUCAGAUGCUAUGAGAAUUGCCGUCCGUGCAUUGAUUCUCAAUGACCAUAAGGUGUGUGUCACACAUACCGUCCAUGAAUACAUCUGGGGAUACAAAGAUGCGAUGCUUACUAGAAUCAAAGACUUAGAACCUGAUUUGGUGUCUACGGACAUCUUUGGAUUUUUUGCUGGGAAAAACAACAGUAAUGAUGGAGUGUAUACAGUCUAUACAGGAGAAACUGAUUCUAAAUUAACCAACACCAUAGACAAUUGGCAGGGUAUGGAGACGCUGCCUUACUGGACGACACCCCAAGCUAAUAUGAUUAAUGGGACAGAUGGCACAUACAACCAUCCAUUCAUCACCAAGAAUGACACAAUCUAUGUCUUUUCUUCUGAUAUAUGCAGAUCAAUCUACGCCGUCUUCGAGGAAGAAACGAAUACCAGGGGUGUACCUACUCUUCGGUUUUCACCGCCCUCAUACUUGUUUGCUAACUACACCAUACCCCCUAAUAUUGGUUUCUGCACCCCUGACAAGGCCCACUGCUACCCAGGAGGGUUACUUAAUAUAAGCCAGUGUCAGUUUGGUGCCCCAAUCUUCAUGUCAUCUCCUAACUUCCUCUACGCUGACCAGUCUGUUAUGGACAUGGUCAUUGGCGUCCAUCCAGAUAAAGAGCUUCAUGAGACAUACUUUGAUCUAGAACCUUACACUGGAGGUCCUUUGAAUGUCUCUAAGAAGCUACAGAUUAAUGCCCAUCUAAGGAGCUAUGAUUUCUUCUGGGAAGAUUGGUACAAGAAUGUAGCAGAAGCAUACGUUCCUUUGAUCUGGAUUAAUGAACAUGGAUCACUGACUCAAGAGUCCGCUGAUGAGCUGAUGAAGCAACUCUACCUACCGUUGAAGAUAGGAACCUACGGGACAUGGACUGUGUUAGGGUUUGGAUGUCUCCUGGUCUUGCUCUCUCUAACCUGUAUCUCAGUCAUGCUCUGUAGGUCAAAAGGAUCAUCAAGUCCUCUGGACUACCCUGUCAAUCAGUCUCGUGAGGAUGCCCCAUUGAUCAAUGGUGAUACUACAAGGGAUGAAGCAAACCAACCAAUCUGAGAGAAAUAGCCCAAGACGACGUUGAUCAAGGUACAGGUUUCACACAGCUUCAGACAGCUUAGUCAAACGGAGUGACGCGUAAAGACAUACCCUAAAUGGCACAUGUGGUGGUAUAAAAGAUUGAAGUAUCAAAUAGUGGAAUGUUGUAUUUGAUUGAUGUUUUGGGGGAUUAAAUGACAUGUAUUUAGCCUGACGGAGGUAGUAGGGAUAUAUAUACUAAAUAUAACUUGAGAUCAACAUAAUCAAUGUGCCUUCUAUGCAAUAAAAUUCUGAUUUUCAACAAAAGGGGCUUUCAUUUUUCCCAGUGAUAUCUGUACACAGCACUCCAUUUUGCCAAUGCACAGAACAGUGUAACUCUGAAAGUAUACAAGAAUGUAUGCAUUCCACUCAUGUGAGGAAGAUUUGUAUUUUUUUUUAUGUUGCUGGGGAGCUGUGUCAUUUCAUCUUGGGGACAUUGACAUGAAGAUUUGUUAAAGAAUUUAAUUAUGUUUAAGCCAUUGCCUACUGGAACUGGUGACCCAUGUAUAAAGCCUAUGGCAAUGAAUGAACUCAGUAGUCAAUGGGCUAAUCUAUUUUGAGAAUGUCAUUUAUUAGUAUGCAUGUGUGGUGAAGUUAUUUUAUGAAGACAUUCCUGAACCACCGAUGAUAAGUUUUCAUGCAAUAGACUGAAAUUAAAUCUUCAUCUGGUCCAAUGAUGGUAUGUGCAACCAUGUAUUAAAUCUUUUUAAAAAAAAUUUAAAUAUUUUUUUUAUAAAUGUAAUGCUUCCUGGGAGAAAUUUCAGUAGUUUGAACAUAUAUUUUUCAAUUACAGAUCGAUCAAUUGAUCUUAUUUACUGGGUGUAAGCCACAAAUAUGUUCAAACUAUGUAUUAAAUCAUCGCCUGACUCGCAGAAGUGCGUUAGCGACUCAAAAACUACUUUUCAAAUUAUUCACAUUUAAAGAUUUGUUUUAAAUUUAAACUGCUUUCCGUCCCGAAAAUUGGUUAAAACUUAGAAGACAAAUAGAAAUGUUAUAGUACUGAAAUAAGUCAGUUUUAUAAAAGUUUGAGGUGAUUUAGUGCUAAUGCCCUUCUGCUUAGCGCUUUAUUUUUGACCUGAAGUUGGAGCUAACGCCCUUCUGCCAGCCAGGUGACGAAAUGUCCUCCUGUUUCCUGGGUGGUGUUUGUAAGGUGUUUCCUGUUCUUAGGUUUGUUUACGCUCAAACAGUGAACCAUAGAUUUGUUUCAUUUUGUUUUUGCCAUUGACAUGUCUUGUACUGCCCGAGACAGAUUUCUAUUUGUAUGAUAUAGAGCAGAGGGAAAUCAAUGUGAUAAAGGUGGCAAAACUAUUGUGAAUUGUUAAAACGGGGAAUUAAUAAAGUGAAUGUCAUUGAUGACGGAAUUGAUGUAUUUUGGUUACAUGGUAAUAAUCUGAAUACUCUCUGCUGUGACUAAUUGAAUUUUACAUAGCAAAUCACUGAAAUACUGCUAUUAAAGAAGUGAAGUGUUUUUUGUUUUUUUUAAGUACUGCUUUUCCUUGCAAGAUGAGCAUUUAUAAUGUGUUUUGCUAAAUCAUGAUGUCAGCCGAUCAAAGUUGCAAUUUAUCUAAUCCUGUCCUCAAAAAGUGAAAAUAUGUUUCAGUUCAGUAUUACAUAGCAAUACAAUAAAAAUUACAGGGCAGAAAAUUGUACAGCAGAAAACAUGUACAUGUCUAUAUAUUUACAAAUAAUAGCAUUGAUGCAUUUUGGCUAUGUUAAUGAUAACGAUUUACAGGUUCUUCAAUUAAAUUUAGGAUGUAAACUGCCAACCACAUGUACAUGUUGAUUUACUCUGUCAUUGGUUGAGAAUUAAUGUCACCCCUUUGGUGCAGAGGUGUUUUAUUAAAGUUAAUUGACACAAUAUUUGCUAUGGCUGAAUUUUAUCUGAAUUCAUGAAAUUCCUAGAAAUAGGCAUUGUUUGGAAUACUGCCCACUCUGUACAUUGAGAUUACAUGUAGAAAUCAUUCCUAAAAAAUAUAAUAAAUAACAAGGUAUAUAAAGACUACUGCCAUGAGCUUUCCUAUGUGAUUAGCUUGUAAAUAUUCAUAAAUGAAUGAUACAUGCCAAUGAAAACUAAAACAACAACCUAUUAUUGAUCAAGACUUUAGUUAAGCCUCAGACUGAAGCCUCUUGAACUGCCCAAGUUUGAUCAAAUGCAGCACAAGCCAGUCUAAAAAAUAAUGAUAAGGAACAAUUUCAUAACAUACUUGUACACAAUUAUGGGAAAUAGCAUUUUCAAAUUAUAGUGCGAAAUUUGAAUUGAAAGGUUAAAUCUUAAUUGUUGCUGGUUCAUGUGUAGACAAUCACUAUUAAAACUAUACACAAGCUUGUCACUGUAUUGAUGAUAAUCAUGAAGGCUUUUUUAAAGUUGACGAGUAGUAUAUAUGAAUUAAUUCUUUUGUGUCUUGUGGACAAUGAACACUGUAGUCUUUAGAGCAUUUCUCAUUGCUUGUAUGCUGAUAAUUUUGCUUGUUGUAGAGGAAUGUUAAAGCUACAUUCACAUUGUGCAUGUGGUGUUCAACUUAAUAUUAGCCUUUGAAAAAUCAUUUGGUUUAGGCUAUUAAAAUGGCAACCAAAAGUAUGUAAAAAUUAACAUUUUCUUGUGCCUACAAGUGAAUCAGUACUAAAAACAAAGAAAGAGAGAAAGAAAUUGGUGAGCUCUUUAUAAAAGCA